AUCAAGAGUUAUUUCCAAGGAAGGAAGACAGUUAAAAUCAGCAGUGAUGUCUUCGGUAAUUAGUUAAUCUGGCAUCCUACCUGCCUCGUAUAGGUUCAGGUUAAUCUGGAAUGGCGUAAUGAGUUUGAAUGUAAUGUCUGCAACAAGCAACACUGAACAUAAACAGCAAACGCUGACCGAAGGCCACAGACUUUACACUAGUCACACAAUGCUGGACCUGAACACGACAAAAAAGCAAUCAACCGUAUGCGUGGAGCGGCCAGGAUUCAGACAUCACAGAAAAGAGAAUUAUGUAUGUCAUUCUCCUGUGUCCCAGCAAAGCACAGACAGCGGAGACGAGUUCAUUCAGCUCAGGAAACUGAAUGGCUCACCCGGCGAGUGUCCCAGUCGCCAGAAUCUCCAUAAGGAGCUUCUGCUCAGCCACAAGAGAGGCCUGUUGGAGGAGAAACCAGAACUGCAGCGUGUGUUACAGCAGAGGAGGCUUGACCUGCACAGAGAGGAGGAACUUGCCCUCCGACCUCCUUCUGACCUGGAACAAGAGCUCCGUAAGAGACAGCAGAAACUGCAGGAGUAUGAGAUGGAGGAACAGAGGCGCAUGGAGGAUGAGAAGAAUGUUCCAGAAUUUGUCCGAGUGAAAGAAAAUCUGCGUCGCAUACAGUUGACUGAAUAAAA